AUGUUGGGAUGUCAGUUCAAGGCAAUGUUUUUAAAACCGGACCGGAGGACGAACCGGAAAGAUCUUCGGAUCAUGGGUCAACACGAUCCAACUGGCCCACUCAAGCCCAGCAAGAAGACCUCGAGCCCACCAAGCGACUCCCUCGUAAGCCAGUUAACUGCCAUCCGAGCUAUUCCGGUCGACGUAAAGACGAGCUCCAGCUCGAUCAAGGACCAGGUCGGCACUGCGAAGAAAGACGAAGUCAAAGAAGAUCUCCUUCAAAUCCGGUCUGGUCCGAGAUCACCGGGAUCGUUAGCUGCACGUGGCGAGAUACGCGGAGGUGGAUCGUAG